ACCACCUGCCCAUUUCUUCUCCCGUGCACUUGGUCUUCCUCCUCCAGUAGCUUCUCUCCACUCCAGUCCUUGACUACCAUUUCAUCAUCAUCUGUGUAUCUCAAACUUGCUUGCAUUGCUUGCCCUCACUCCUACCAUCCAAGUUUCUUUCUCGGUCUCUGGCAAGACUUCGUUCACCAAUAUCUCCGGCCCAGACAGCCACACCAACCGAGAUGUCGAACCGGAGGUCACGGUCCAGGCAGUCUGGUUCGUCGAGGAUCACUGAGGAGCAGAUCAGCGACCUUGUAUCAAAGCUGCAGGACCUCCUCCCCGAAGCUCGCCUUCAGAGCAAUGCAAGAGUGCCAUCUGCGAGGGUGUUGCAGGAGACAUGCAACUACAUCAGGAACUUGCACCAGGAGGUGGACGACCUGAGCGAGAGGCUGUCGGAGCUGCUGGCUACGUCCGACAUGAGCAGCGCGCAGGCGGCUGUCAUCCGGAGCCUGCUCAUGUAGCUCAGACAUCUCGCAGCAUUCGUAGCCUAAGUAGAGUGAUUUUUUUUUGUACUUGUUGGAGAGGCAGCAGGUCAAUUACCUAAUACGCCCGUGUACUUCGCCUACGUUGUCCGUCUCUCGCUACCUGAGCCAGAGGCCAGAGCUAUCUUUUUUUUUUCUGUGUACUUAAUCCCAUCGUUAUUGGCGCAAUGCUUACUUAUAUCAUUUCGUGUAUCUCUUGCAACUGUGCUACCCAGCUAGUGGUUGGCGAAGGAGCGCCGCACCUCGUCACCUCUUUCGCCUAGCUUUCUGCCUCUUGGAGUAGAAAGCGAGACCUGUCUUGUAGUUUUUUAGCAAAUACUUCUUGAUCUUUUAAUAGAGUGGUUUCGUUGGAGAAUA